UUGUUUGGUGAGCUUGGUGCACGGGUGGGAGCGUGCGAUUGCUUUCGAGAGCAGCUUCUGGUGAAUAUCGUUUCGAUACUGUUGCAUCUGAAUGAUGAAGAAGAUCAAGUUAAACAAAUGUGUGCGCGAUGUUUAGUGUUGGUUGGAGACCUUCUGAAUUCCGAUACAGCUGCGUCGCUGAUUGGGCGUGAAUUGAAAGCAGAUGAAAAAUGUCGCAAUUACCUGCAGUUUUUGCGAGAAUUCUGUAUGAUUCUGGCGUUCUCAUUUCCUGAUCGAAUCAAUUAUUAUGCGUUGAAUUGCAACAACUAUUUCAAAAGUACAUCGUCUCGAAUUCGUGCAAAUGCAGCAUAUAUGACCGGAUUUUUACUGGGCGAGCUGACCGCCGAAUUAAGAAGCACCGUUUCUAAAGAACUCAUUUUUGCUGGUUUGAUGUUGUUACUAAAAGAUCACGAUGUUGAGGUGAGACUGUCAACAGCACGUGCCAUAUCGUGUCUCAACAAUUACGUCUAG